CCCACAGCCACACCACCUCACACACUCUGCUUUUAACACUCUCAAGAUCAAGACACAAUUCUACUACACUAUUCAAACCUACGCGCCCACUUAAGCCCACUAGAAACAUGUACCGCCUCUUCACAAUAACCUCCCCUCCCAAAGACUAUGGCCUCCAACUCCCUCCUCUUUGAUCCCAAUCCUUCUAAUCACAAUCACGAGAGAUCAGAUCUCUCCUCCUCUCACAUGAAAGAAGAGCCCGAUCCCACCGCUUGGGACUUUAGCUCUGCUAUCAACCUUCUCAACAGCCUCUCGGCCUCCUCGAGACAUGAGUUGCCUAGCUUUGAACAAACAAAUACCCCUCCCGAGCUGCUUGGUGGCGACACGGAUGUCACACCGAACCUCGGCGAUUUCUCCUCCAUUUGGGACUUCCUUGGAAAGUCUCGUGCUCCACAAGAACCCCAGGCGUCAGAAUUGAUCACUUACAAUGUCAACGAUGAACCGGUGGCUGAGCUUGAUAUCGUGCAGUUGGUGAAAGCCGUGCGCUGGCGAGACGAGAUCUUGGGUACUGAUCUAGAAGACAACAUCCAAUAUGCACAACCAAUAUCUACAGCAACUCUCCGAAACAAAAAACGUGCCGAAAGAAGGGCCAGAGCCAAAGCAAGAGCAGACAUCCUAGCCGCUGAAAAGGCGGCCGAGUCUGACACUACCGAAGACGACUCUGCGGGUGAACUCGAGUCACUACGACGCUCACCAGAUCGAAGAGCUGUCAUCGACGACAUUCUUGGUCGAUCUCGACGAGCAGUUCGUGACAAAGACUCGCCUCCUACUUCGCCAUCUCCUCCAAAGACAGAUCCUCGGACUAACAAAAUCGACUGGCCAGUUGCCAAUCCCUUUGUCUGGUCUACUAAACCGACUUCUUCGCAUAAGCGAGCAGUCAUAACACCUCAGGAUGGCCUGACUCCUCGAACGAGGAAGAGAGCCCUCAUAUCCAAACUCGUCAAACAGCAUCCUGACGAGAAGAAAUACUUGCAAAAUCAGGGCCUCUUUGAGCCUGCCUUUACACCUUUGAAUGUCUCAAGCAUCGGCAUCCACGUUUUUGUUGACAUGUCCAACAUCUCCAUUGGCUUCCAUGACUGCCUGAAACAGGCUCGUGGUCUGCCAUUGGAUACUCGCUUAAGGCGUGUCCCGCUUUCCUACCACAACUUGUCUCUGGUUCUGGAGCGAGGUCGACCAGCCUCGAAGCGAGUGCUGGUUGGCUCGGACAGAUCCGCCGUGGUCGAACAAGCCAAGUCGCUUGGUUACGAAACCAAUAUCCUCGAGCGAGUUCACAAAGUAAAAGAGAUGACCCCACGACAAAAGAAGUACCACUCUGGCGGCGAGACCAGUGGUUCGGACACGAACAACACUGUCUCAGCACCAGAGAAAUGGGUCGAACAGGCCGUGGACGAAAUUCUGCACCUGAAGAUCCUGGAAUCUCUCGUUGACGCGGAAAGACCUAGUACCAUUGUUCUUGCUACUGGCGAUGCUGCCGAGGCAGAGUACUCUGGUGGGUUUUUGCGCAUGGUCGAACGAGCUCUCGAAAAGGGUUGGCUUGUGGAGCUGGUCAGCUUCAAGAUGAACACGAGCAAUUUAUAUCGAAGAAGAGAUUUCCGUUUGAAAUGGGGUUCCAUGUUCAAAUGGGUUGAACUGGAUCCUUAUGUUGAGUUUCUCAUUGACGAAGAGUGAGAUUCUGUGAAAUCUUGAAUUGAAGGCAUUUUCCAUCGGUGGGCAUUUUGCUUUAUGGAGAAAAGGAGGAUGCCUUCAAGGUGACGGGAAAGCAUUGGAUCGGACUGAGAUCGCCUUGUACCAGCUUGCUCACCAGCACAGCGAGGGAAGAGGGAUUUCUGUCCUUUAUGCCAGAGCACAGUCCUAGUCAUUUUUGUUUUCGACGUUGACGGACUCGACAACAGAGUCCAAGGAAGAAGCUGUCAUACAUACAUCCAGCCCCUUUCAGGUGGCUCUUAGUAACUGACAGUGUGGAUGUUGUUCAUGGUUAUUCGACUGGUAAAUAUUGACAUACCUAGGCACGAUGUAUAUAGACAUUUAUGCUUCAAGUAUCAUUAAAUGCCAUCUACAUCGACGACCAUGAUAGAUCAGAG